CGUUCUUCCGGUGUAGGCGGAGCUUGCAUUCCGGGGACGUAGACAAAAAUCGACGUAGUUUUCUUUUCAUCCUCACUAGUAGUUUGUGUUGUGUUCGUCAUAUUUGUGACUGUGACCAGCUCACUUUUUACAACACACCAGCAUUUUGCAACGAUGGUCGCCAAACAGAGGAUUCGUAUGGCCAACGAGAAACACAGCAAAAACAUCACCCAGAGAGGCAACGUCAAAUCGACGAGAACCGUGAGUGAUGAGAAAGUGUCGGUGGGACCGUGGCUGUUGGCACUCUUCAUCUUUGUUGUUUGCGGCUCAGCAAUAUUCCAGAUCAUUCAGAGCAUUCGAAUGGGCAUGUAAAGAGGACCAGUGAUGUCUCAACUCUCCACUCCUCGCCACUUCCACAUACUGCGCCCAAUGAGCUUUUCUGAAAGGCUUUUUGUUGAUUAUAUUGAUUUAUCUUCUUCUGUGAGGUGCAACAAUUCUGUCAUUCCUCUCUGGUGCCUUUUUAAUGAAGAAAAAAAUCAAAAAGCCAUAAAAUUGCAUUCCGAUCAAUUGUAACGUUAUCUUCUGUCGAUCUAUUGUUUGAUGUAAUGUAAAAAAUCGUGAUGUCGCAAGGAGUGAUGUGAUUUGUAAUGUCUGAUUUCUCGAUCAUUCCUGAAAUAAUUGUGCAAAACUGAUUUAAUGUUAUUGUUUUUUGGGACCCCCAAACAUUCAAUCAUUUUGUAGUUUCCACAAGAUAUUAUGAAUGAAAAGCCAGUCUGCUAAUCUAUAUCACACCUCAUAUUCAUUUUCUUCAACUUGCUUUCUUAGUAAUUUAAUAGCUGCUUCCUUUCUUCCAGAAUAUGAAAUUUCAGCCUGGAUAAUGUAGUUCUCUGGCACAUUGUGGUACUCUUUACCAUAAUAAAAUGAGUUUUUUUUUUUCUCAGAUGA